UCUACAAUGCUCCGCUGCGUGCCCAUCGCUCGUCGACACCAGGACAUGUUCGCUGGGCACUCCUUCUCCAUCGCUAAAACAAGACCUGUGGCUUUCCACACGGACAGAUAUAUGUGGGAUCCAAGCAAGCUACCAUCAGCAGAGGAAGAACUACAGCACACCAGAGAAAAAUCAGACAUCAACCCUACUGUUACUGGUCUAUCUCCACUACUGGCUCAGAAGGAGCGUUUUGAGAAGGAGCUGCGAGAGAUGGAAGAAAUCCGCGGGCAGAAGAGGAAACGAGAAGUUGUCCCACAUCGCCUCAGGUUCAACAUGUCCAUGGAGGGGAGACCUGCCGAGUACACCGAGAGAUAUGACAUUGCUGCUGAGGUACAGAAACUGAAGACCAUCAUCCUUCCUCCUGCUGCCAAGGAGACAUACAUGGGCAGGGGCUUCAGGUUCCCAGAGGACCACUUUACAAAGAGACCACCUGUAGUCAGAGAGCCUAAAGUUCCAGCCCCACCAGUCAACAGCAGGCUGUCUCAGCCCGAAGAUGGCGACCUCCGGGAGUCAAAGGUCAGACGACAUGUCACCAUACGCACCCCUCGCAGGCCGACGCGGGACAUCCCGUCCGAGCUGAGCGAUCAGGAGUCACUGGACUCUGCCAUUGGUGGGAGGGUGAAGAAGGAUACAAUGAGACCUUCCAGAAGACCUUUAGAAUCUGCCCCUCCACCGGAGCCACCACCCCCCAUCCCUGAACCAGCAGUGGAACAGUCCGCCAGUGAUCAUGAGCCUGAAGAGAGAGAACCAGAACCACAACCUGAACCUGCCCCUCUCCCCCCUAUGGUGGAGCCUGAACCAGAGCCUGCAGAGGCUCAGAUGGAGAUACAGAGUGUCUCAUUGGCUGGCGAUGUGGCUGAGGACAAACUUGAUGAAGGGGAGGAACAGAUGGACAUGGAACCCAGCAUCGCUACAGCCAGUCCUGAGAAAGAUGUCUCCUCCAACCUGCUACAGACCACAAAACUGAGCAGACUGGUGUCAGAGACAGAGAAGGCCAUGUAUGAGAGACAGUUCAAGAAACUGGACACAGACAAGGAUGGGCAUAUCACAUUUGCAGAGAUGAAAACACAGAUGCCAGAGAACUUGUCCAAAGCUCAAAGCAAAUACGUCAAACAGGUGUACGACAUCACCAGUUCCUCCACUUUCUUUGGACUGGAGGAGUUCAUCAGUCUGAGUCUCCUGUGUGAGACCAUGUCAAGGGUUGGGAACACCAUGCGUGAGAUGUAUGAACAGAUAGACUUUGGAGCACUCUCAGAGUCUAUCACUCAAUAUGUGGAGUUGUUUUCCUCUGUUGACAGACAGCAGACAGGGUCGAUAACUAUGAACUCAUUACAGGGAAUCCUGUCUACAACACUAGGAAGAGAUCUACAGUCAGACCAAAGAUUACAGGCACAAAUCUACUCCGCUUUAGAAAAGAUUGAGCACUCCCCCGUCACGUAUAUGGAGUACAUGGCUUACAUUCCCUACUUCCUGUACCUGGAGGGGAUGAGUGGAGCUUCAUGAUCCCUGUAAUAAUGCAUCUACCUUAGGAUGUUAGCCUGGAAUCCAGCCGUGUUGUGCUUUGGUCGCUCCCCAAAGGUACGCUUCCUGCCAACACUUCUGGUGUUCGUUACCAUUGGAACGAUCGGCAUUUGCAUAUUCGCAGAGAUUUUAUACCAGAUUUCUGAUUAGCUGUUAGCUCUAAGCCCCCUUCAAAAUUAUGUUUACAGUUUGUAAUCGAACGGAACACUACUUCUAUCUUUCCCGCAAACUGCAUGACAACAGAUCACGUGAGAAAUGGCAGCUCGCGAUUGGUGUUCUCCUCUCAGAGGUCAUCCAAUCAGCAAAGAGUGGCAAAUAUGAUUAUUUAUGAGUCUCCUCUUUAGUGACGUAAGGGCCGAUCGUUUCAAUGGUAACGAACACCAGACGUGUUAGCAGGAAGCGUACCUUCGGGGAGCGACCAAAGCACAACACGGCUGGAUUCCAGGCUAUUAGGAUGUACCAAACGUUAUGUAACUAAAAAAUUCAUCCGUGUUGGUAGAUGUCAUUCUUAGAGAUCAAGAUGAACUAAUUAUUUUUUCCAACACAUCAAAAAUUGACUUGCCAAAAUUUUCCACUGAUCAGCUCCAGUCUUGGAAUAUCAGUCAAGUUAAGUAAUAAACAAUCUUCUGCUUCUGUGAUGUCAGUCAUUACAUUAUAUUACAUUGUAAGAUAGCGCAAGUGACCUGAUGAGCGGUUCCUUGACAAAGACCGGAGCUGAUCAGUCAAACAUUUUGGCAAGUUCAAUUUUUGUGUUGGAAAUCAUAGUUCAACUUGUUAUGUAUGUAUGCCUAUGUAAGGAAAGAAUUACGUAACAUAGUUUCCAUGUAGUUGCCUUGGAAAAGAAAUUGUAUGCGAUGAUCUUUAGUGUGUUUUUGGCACACAAUUAGACAGUUUAGCCUAAGAAGCUCAGAGGGGUGUCACUUCACCAUCAGGUUAAGUCGUGUAAAGUGCCUUUCCUAAGGGCACAACCUCGGGGCUUGGUGGGUAUCGGACUCGGAACCUUUUGAUUCUGAGCCGAACGCUCUACCAUUCACGCCACACUAACGCCUCUUGACACAUCUACAACUAUACACUUGAAACUACAACAUUGAUUUCACUUCUAGAACUACACUCAAGGCUAUCACACAAAGAUAUUUUCCAUUUAGAGGGUACAAUUUUUUUUUUCAUCAAGUAGCAAUCAAUGUGUGACAUCCAUAUAAUUCAUUUGCUGCGGCCUUAGAUUCUAGGCAUGCUCUAAGUCUGGUACAAAAUUCUAUCAGUUGAGAAGACCAACUUGUGAAGUACAUGUAAAUCAGGGAGUGAAACAUAAAUGCUACUGAACAACUUCUAGAAAUAAUGAAAACUUAUUAGAGUUUGAUCACUCCCUAUCAAAUUGACUUAAAAUUCUUAUGAGUGUGCUGUGCAUGUAAGUGUGGCUGUCAUUGUAAAUUGUGUAGCAUAGUAAUAGUUUCAAGUUUGUAGAUAUUUGUACAAAAUCAUUAAAUUUUUAUAGACUCUUAAUAAUAAUGUUCUGUAGUAGUACAUUUGCUGUGGUUAAUAGUUAGUCGAAACAGGGGAAAGAAAGAACCUACUUCAAUGUACUUAUUUACAACAAAUACAUUACAUAGAGUCCUCAUAUGCUGCAUGUAAGUACAAAGUAAUAUCAGAGAAUUUCUAUGUCCAGAUGACUUAGUUAUUAAUCUAACGGGUAACUACAUGUAAGUAAAAACAUAAAUCUGAUAAAGCCACAUAAGGACUGAUCACAUUGGUGGUACGACUGUUGCACAAUCUUGGUGUCAUCACGCACUGUUCAGCUGUGUUGAUGCUGUCUUAGUUUCGUUAGUUCUGUCACAGCCUGCUUGAAAAUCUUACAUCAAAAUCGUACGACGUUCUACCACUUAUGUGACCGCCCUUUUAGAUGGAUGGCGCAAUUUGUGUCCUUUUUGUAGAACUCUUGUUUGCUACUUUUCACCAUGAGGCAGUAGCAAAUCUUAUGAUCGUUGCAACAAAGCAUUAUCAUGUCAGAAUUAUCCUGUACCAGAUGAGUUCAGUGUAACUGUUGACUUUGAUAUUGUCACCAGUAUUAACAUGAGAGAGCUGAAUAGACAUAUGGAUUACAAAA